AUGGUGUUUAUCUUGCCAGAAAAGUUUAGAGCAGCAGAAGGACAAGAAAGCACCGUGGAUGGAGAUGUGUUUUCACAAGAAACUUUUGAGUGCAGGUUGAUAGAAGUAGAAGAGGGACCAGGACAGCAAAAAUUUGCUUACAAGAUAGGCGGAACUGCCAUGAAAUUUUCGGCAGAACAACUGUACUUUUCCAAACCUACCAAGGAAAUGGCCAACCAUCUUAGGCCUUUGUUCGUCACUGCAAAUUUUAGGGGUGUUCCUAUCUCUAAAGUGAUGGUAGAUGGAGGUGUAGCUAUCAAUCUUCAGCCUCAUAGGUUAUUGGUCAAAAUGGGCAGAACAGAGAAAGAUCUAAUCCCAACACUCUUAAUGGUCACCAAUUUCGCUAGAGGCAUCACCAAGACUCAUGGAAUACUAGAUGUAGAUGUCAUAGUAGGAAUCAAAAAGCUGAAGAUUGCCUUUUUCGUGGUAGACACCACUUAUACCACUUACAAUGCAUUGCUUGGCAGAGACUGGAUUCACCAGAGUCUGUGUGUUCCUUCCACCCUACACCAACAGUUGGCCCUCUGGCAUGAAGAGGGUUUCAUGGAAAUCGUGGAGGCCGACCCAUGGCCAUUUCUACCAUCUGCAUUAUGUUUUGAGGCCAGGUAUUAUCAUGAUGACCUUGGUCCUUUUACUUUCUUCGGAGUCAACCAGAACGGCCGCCCACAUGGUUUCACGGCCCAGAAACUCAUUGAAGAAGGUCUAGCUAGUUAUCUAAAGGGCUGGAAUAGGCCUUACUUUCUCAACCUCCAGAGUUCUGAUGUUUAG